GCAGCGCUCCCGCUGCCCCGACACCGCCGAGGCGGAGGGUCCCGCCGCCGCCGCGCCGACAUGGCCGCCCGCCCCCCAACCGCCGCCGCCGCGCCCGGCCGCCCCCCGCCCGCGGCUCCCAGCAACUUUGUAUCGCCACUGAUGUGUGAAGUCCCAGAGCACCAAGGCAGCAGCACAGACAGUUCGGGAAGCAGCUUGGGAAGCUCUGUGACAGCAUGUAAGAAGAUUCUCUGCAGUAACAGUCUGCUAGAGUCAACAGACUACUGGCUGCAGAAUCAGAGGACACCAUGCCAAAUUGGCUUUCUGGAAGACAAGUCAGAAAGCAACUGUGCCUCAGUUUGUUUUGUGAACUUAGAUGCAAACAGAGAUGACUGCAGUGACGAGCAAGUGAAACAGAGAUUGAUCAGCAUCUCUCCAAAUCUCCCCAAACUUAUCAGCUCUAUGAACGUACAACCACCAAAGGAAAAUGAAAUAGUCCUGCUGAGUGGAUUAACAUCAGGAAAUCUUCAGGCUGAUUAUGAAGUUCCCCAGUGUCCUUGGCUGGCAGAUGUCUGCUUGGUUCAGUGUGCACGGGGGGACAGGAAAAACAGCACAAGCUGCAUCAUCUUCGAAAUAAACAAGUUUCUGAUUGGACUUGAGCUUGUUCAGGAGAGACAGCUGCAGAUAGAAGCUAACGUCUUAAAGCCCGAGGAUGAUACAAACUGUUCAGUGUCCUCAAUAGAAGAAGAUUUCCUCACGGCAUCUGAGCACCUCGAAGAUGAAAAUGAGGCUGACGAAUAUAAAGCUGGUCAUGAAAAAUUAAACGUUUCCGAACUUUCUUCAGAUCUCAAAAAAAAUAAAGGAAAGGGAUUUGAAAAUCCCCACUACAGAAAAGCCAGGUUGCCACUUAUUCUUGAUGGCAACUGCAUUAAUAAAGAUAACACAAGAGUCUCUGAAGGUCUGAAUGUUGUGGCCGAGGAUAGCAACUUACAACUCGAAGAUAAGUCAGCCCAGGAAAUACUCUGGCAGAAGGAAUUAGAUGGAAGAGCUACUUCAUCCCUCAGUACUAAUAAUUUGACUGGCAAGGUUGGAAAUUCUUGCUCAGUGCAUGUGUUAGAAGAUGCAUCUGUAACUGAGAUGGCUAAAGAGGAGCUGGGGCCUCUGUAUGACCCAACAGCAAAACACGACAGUAAGACAGAUGUGGAAAAUUGUGCAAAUAUUAGGAAAGCUGAUCCUCCCUUGCAAACUGAACAAGCGACAACAGGUCAGUACGCCACAAAUUUAGCAGAAUCUGUUCUCCAAGAUGCAUUUAUUAGACUGUCACAGUCUCAACCCACUUUUACUGACGAGGCUGCUGUUAGCAUCUCCAUAGGAAGCUCCUGUAAGACAGAAGAUACAACUGCUUCCCGAUCGUGGAAUGAACUUCCCAAGAUCGUCAUAGUGCAAAGUCCAGAUAGCUGUGAGAGCGUAUCAGAAUGGCCAGGAUCUGCGUUCCCGAAUCUGUGCCACUGGACUGAAUCAGAGGGUUCUGCGGAAGUUUCGGAUUACUUUGAGGAGGAACAUUCGAACGGGCACACCCAGAGCGCACUGGAAGUGGCUCUGGCUUGUGCAGCCACGGUUAUUGGAACCAUUUCAAGUCCCCAAGCUGCAGAGAAAUUCAGAAGAGAUCAAGAAGCCGCAGACUCUAAAAGCAGAGCAGUUGAUAAUGAAGUGCUACAGACAGCGUCUUCACAGCUACUUGAUGACUGUGCUGGCACAGAAUAUUCAUUUCCAUCUGCUCUGUGUGGCAUGACUCAAGUAGCAAGUGCUGUAGCAGUCUGUGGUCUGGGGGAAACAAAGGAAGAUAAGUACCCUGCAACUUCAAGUGGACUCCUGUCUGCUGCUCAGACUUCUGCAGCUAUUACUCUUCAUUGUAGCAUAGCUGUAGGAAGCAGCAUGGAGAAGUUGAAUGAUAGCAUUGCAGAGACACUUCUCAAAGAGGCAUCAGUGAUUUUGACAAAGCCCAAUACAUACAAAAAUGUAGGGCAUUUUAUGGAGUCCAUGAAUGGAAGAAUCAUUGAAACAGCAGCAAGGCCACGGAUUCCACACUCUGAUGAAGUAAUCAGGGAUGAACUUGCACAAAACUUAUCCAACAUUAUUUUACGACAUUCUGUUGAAGAGGUUAGGAAGAAGAGACAGCUAUACCCCCGUUCGGAAAACAGCUCAAGUACACAAGACAUUUUCAUGGAGACUGCAAAUGAGUUGCUUUUUAACGUGAUAUAUUUCACUUGCAAGAAGAUGAAUGACAUAAGACAUGCUGAUGAGUGUUCUCCUCUCUUUUCUGAGGGCACAAAAGCAGAGAGAGUAACAACAGCAGAAGGAUGGCCAACACAGGCAACGCCACAUGAAACACCACGCAGACCCCUUGAUCACUCUGCUAGUAAGCCAUUGCAUACCUCUUACAGUGCAAGUGCUAGCAAUGAUCUCGGAAAUGUCACAAGCACUAGGAAAAGUAAUAUGAGAGAUGUAUAUAGCAGGGAAAGUGUCCCACUGCAUUCAGGACCAACAAGUAGAGUUACUGGGCAUAAUGCACUUGUUGCAAAAACAUCUCCCAAGAAGAGAUAUUUGAAAAGAACCACACGAGACUGUUACAAAUCACCAAAUCAGAGUAACAAUCAAAAGAAGAAAGACUACAGAUCAUUUUCGGACAGAGGAAAUGCCUUUACAGACAAUGAAUGCAAGCACGGUGUCCAAGAACGACUGUCUUCUGAUUCCACUGUAAAUGCAGAAAACCAGGCCAAGCAUAAGUGUGAUGCUGUGCUAAAUAAUGAAGUCCAAGUUAGCUUGUCUUUAUUAGGAAGCCAUGCCUUGCUUCCUUCUCAGCCUGUGCUACAGGUAAAACAUUCAAGGGACAAAUAUUGUAUAACAGAUUUUGCAGAAGAAUUGGCAGAAACAGUGGUCUCUAUGGCAACAGAAAUAGCUGCCAUUUGUCUUGAAAACUCAAAUGGAAAGCAGCCCUGGUUCUGUGCAUGGAAAAGAGGCAAUGAAUAUCUGGUCACCCAGAGUUUAUCAUGCCGAACCAUAAAAAGGAAAAAGGAAACCCAGACUAAUGGUUCAGUUGUUCGGAAGCACAGGGCACCUAGACUUAGUGAGAUCAAAAGGAAAACAGAUGAGCAUCCUGAGCUAAAAGAAAGACUGAUGAAUCGGGUAGUGGAUGAAUCUAUAAACCUUGAGGACGCACCAGAUUCUGUCAGUAUCUUUGCAAAUGAAGUGGCUGCCAAGAUUAUGAACCUCACUGAACUCUCUGUGGUUGAUAGCAUCUGGCAAGGUCCAAACCAUCCCAGGAACAGGCUGCACUGUGAAAGAUGGAGCCGAGGCAAGGCAUCGAGCUGCGAGAGCAUACCAGAGGAAGAUGCGGAUUCCAAAGGCUCUCUCCAUACCCUGGGCCUGAUGAACGCUUUUGGACAGCCUGUGAGCCAGACGAGUUCUGUCUCUAAGCAGUCGAGCUGUGAAAGCAUUACAGAUGAAUUUUCAAGAUUUAUGGUGAACCAGAUGGAAAACGAAGGAAGAGGCUUUGAUUUGUUACUGGAUUACUAUGCAGGGAAGAAUGCAAACAACAUCUUAACUUCUGCUUUGCAACAGGUGGCCAAGAAGAAUGGUCAUCUUAAUGUAAAACCAAGUUGCCCAUCUAAACAGUCCAGCACAGAAAGCAUAACAGAAGAAUUUUAUAGGUAUAUGCUAAGAGAAAUAGAAAAGGAAAACAAAGAUAACGCAUCUUCCCCUCGGAAUUCAAAGGACUGGUGUGGCAGUUUGCUACCACCCUCUCUACGAACACCUUUCUGUUUUAGACAAUCCUCCAUGCCUGACAGCAGGUCAUCAGGCUCUAGACUAACAGUAAAUACCCCAGUUAAAGCAAACUCAUUAGAUGGCUUUGCCCGUCAUCACCAGGACUCCUUAAGUGUACAGCCAGUCAGUACCGUGGCUUCUUCAGGUCUUUGCAAGUCUGACUCCUGCCUGUACCAGCGAUGCAAGACUGACCAGAUAACAGACAUGCUGAUUCAUGAGACAUGGGCAAACUCUAUUGAAUCGCUAAUGCGCAAAAACAAAAUUAUAGCAGAUGAGGCAGAGGUUGCAGAGGCAGAUCAGCUUCGCAGUGAUUCUCCACUACACGUGGAACAAUAUGCAAACAGACUGGCUGCAAAUAUUGUUGAAAGUGGUAAAAAUUUCAUUGUUGUCCAGCAGGAUUCUUUUGAUUAUACAAGCCGAGAACAUGUGCUGGAAAGCAAGCAUCGCCAGAGUGCGACUCAGAUUCAAUCAAAACCCAAAGGGGAGAAAGUUAGUUUGGAUGAGAAAAAAGGGCUUAUUAAGAGCCCUGGAUCCCUCCCUGCAAGUCAGCACAGGGAAGUGCCGUUAAUUCAGAUAGAAACUGAUCAACGAGAUGAGCCAGAAGAGUCCUUACCUUCAUGUGGGCCUUCUGAAAAGGAGCAUCUAAGCAAAGAAGAGCCUCCAGAAGCAUAUGCUGGGAAGCACGUGGUUUCCAGUUCCCUACUAAAUAGCAACAGUACUCAGAGCAGACCAGAUGCUGAAAUCAUAGUAGAGACAAAAACAGCCGAAGAAUUUCCAAACCACCUCAGCAGCAGCGAAGAGAGCACCGGCAGCUGGUCCCAGCUCGCUAACGACGAGGACAAUCCCGAUGACACUAGCAGCUACCUGCAACUCAGCGAGAGGUCCCUGAGCAAUGGCAACAGCAGUACAACUAGCAGUCUUGGCAUUAUGGACCUGGAAAUUUAUCAGGAGAACGUGCCAUCUUCUCCUAUGAUUAAUGAAUUAGUAGAAGAAAAGGUUUUCCUUAAAGAACAAACAGAAAAUAUAGAGGAAAGUACUUCUGGGCUCUCAGUGGGAACAGCCAAUUGUCAGAAGGACCUACUGGUGAUCAACUUUGAUCUGGAACCGGAGCGCCCUGAUGCAGAGCUGCGAGCCACUCUUCAGUGGAUAGCUGCUUCUGAGCUUGGAAUUCCAACCAUCUACUUUAAGAAAUCUCAGGAAAACAGAAUUGAAAAGUUUUUAGAUGUUGUGCAAUUAGUUCAACGGAAGUCCUGGAAAGUGGGGGAUAUCUUUCAUGCUGUGGUACAGUACUGCAAGCUCAGUGAGGAAGGCAGAGAGAUGACACCAAGCCUGUUUGAUUGGCUUCUCGAAUUGGGUUAAGAAAGUUCGCCUGUUCAGCAUUUUUGUUUUAAUCCAGUUUAAAUAAGCAGUGGUUUCUGUAAUGCUCUGAUUUCCAAAUAUCACUGAAUAAAAUGAGCAAAGAUAAACAAACUCUACAGAAACAGCACACAUCUGUUCCACAACUAUACACUGAGCAAAGUGAAAUCAAGGUGUAUCAUAUCUUUUUGUAUCAUGAGGGAUUCCUGACAUACUGUACUAUAGGAUGUACUGUACUAGGAGGGGAUUUUGAAUUAAUCAACUAUACAGUAAAGGCUUAAUUUAAUAUCUGAUAUGUUCCAUUUUCAUCAAUUGGAUUAAAUCAACCAGAUGAAAUUUAAUAGUAUGCUAAAAUGCCAUUUUAAAACACCAGUCUUUGUACAGUCUAACUAUUAGAACAUGGGUGUGUUCCAGGAUGCCUAGCAAGACUUAGGUCCCUAGAUCACUAAUACAAAAAUAUAUAAUUUUUUUUUGAUCCCCACAGCCUUAUAAAGGCUAAAACGUUUUGAACUCUUAAGAUGUUUGCAGUUAGACAACACAAUAAAAUGCGAUAUAAAAUGUGAAAACAUGUUUCAGUUUCUUUCCGUGUGAUUCUCUUCCACAGCUGUUCCCCAUUCCUUUCUUUUUCUCAAGCAACUAAAAUCUAGACUCCUUUUCACUUGGAGGCAGUGCAAUUUAGGAUAGCUACAACUGGUAGAUCACAGAGCACAGCUCUGGGGAUCGGGACAGCUGGGUUCAGAUCCCUGUUCCCCCGCGGACCUGCCGCGUGACCCUGGGCAAGUCAGUUCACCUCUGUGCCUCAGUGUCCCUGUCUGGUAAGAGGGAGUAAUGAUAGUAAAUUUGUUAUAUAAAGUGCUUCUAUGUAAAGCACUAUGCGUUGGUUAAAAGCACUGGAAAAAUAAAUACUAUUUUAAUUUCAGUUUAAUCAAAUAAAUUGUUAAUAAGAGAAGGUGAAUAAAUAUCUAAAAAGAGAAUUGCGUUGGCAUAAAUAAAAACCUUAGCAAUGUUAGUUUUUAUAACUUACAAGAAAACAAAAUGAUUGUUAACAUCUUUCAGCACACAUAAUUGUUCAUUUUGGAUAUAAAUGUUUGGGUUAUAUAUGAUAGUUCACGUUACCGUAACAUUUAUAUAACUGUUUGAUAAGAUAUAACUAUGGUAUCUUCUUGCUGAUAUGAUGUUUCAUGCACUUAAUGAUACAUUCUUUUGACUCUGCCAAAGAGAUUGGUUUUGAAUUUAAUGAUAAAUAUAACUUAUCACAUCAAAGCUCUUCUGUGAUUUGUUUCUUUGAAAAUAUAUUUAUCUUUUGUCUCUGCACACCCAUGUAAUAGAAAAUCUGCUUGCCUUUCCCAGUAAAAUAUAUAAGAGAUGUUUUAUUUUCCAUAUAACAGUAUAUGCUUCUGUAAUAUUUCUUGAAAGAAAACCUAUCGUUUUGCACUAAAUAUUUUUGGAGAUUUUGAAGGAGUUUUAAAUAAUUUAUGAAAAAGAGCCAUAUUCUCAAUUUUAUCAUUAAACCCAUUCCUAAACUUGCAUGAUUUCCUCACACUCACUUGUUAAGAAAUGCAAAUCAUCAGUGAAUCAGAAAUCUAACACAGGAGAUGAAAUAAUACGGCUAAUUCUACAUCUGCUCUGCAGUAUACACAAAACAGCGGAGGUCACUUUACUGUCAAGAUGAAGGUCAACUUAUUGUACACACUAAAUUUAACCAUACAGUCACUGGGCCUGUUCCUGCGAAUUGCUGAAUGCCCAUAACUCCCACUACCACGAGUGGCAGCUCUGAGUGCUCAGCAUUUCUGAGGCUGAAACUUAAUAAAAAGCACCAAGUAUUAUAGACUGAAAGUGCUUUGUUUGAGUUAGUAAAUGGGAAAGUGUAUUUAUUUUUGAACCAAAUCUAGUUAGCUGUCAGUAUACAAAUUUUUGCUGUGAUAGAAUAAAUGUUUACUUAUCCUACAAAGCACAAAUAUCAUGACUGAGUUGUAACGGUGUGAUGCAGUUCUUCUGUACAGUAGUUCUUAAUGUUGCAAUUUAUUCAGAAAUAAAUUUAUGUUAUAAUGUG